AUGAUACACGGCGGCGGCGGCUUUGGUAGCGGCGGCGUGGGUAUGGGUUACGGCGGCGCAUACGGCGGCGACGCGGGCUGCUGUGGCGGUGGCGGCGCGGGUUACGGUGGUGCGUACGGCGCCGACGCGGGUUGCUGCGGCGGCUCGGCGGGCUACGGCUACGGCGGCGCCUCCGGCUUCGGCCUCGCGGGUGGCAUGCCGCCACAAACUCAGACCUACGUGGGGCCUGGUGGUGACUACGUGCAGGAGACGACGUACAAGUACGUUGGCAUGGGGGCGGGCGGCCCGCAGGCAGUCUCGGAGACAGUCAUCUCGAGUAUAUUGCCCCUGCGUCCGCGUGGCCCCAACUGCUGUUGCCUCUGCCUGAUCCCCUUGCUACUGUCGCUGCUGUUGCUCCCACUGCUCGGCUGGUUCCUGAUGGGCUCAACCAGCACGACGACGACCACGAUUCUCACCACUACUCCACCACCGCCAAUGCUGGCGGCGCCGCCAACGCCUCCGCCUGACGCUCCGACGACCAAGAAGACCACCACGGAGGCUCCGCCUCCGCCCCCGCCCCCGCCGCCUCCGCCUCCGCCCCCGCCGCCCCCCCCGCCCCCGCCGCCCCCGCCGGAGCCGGUGACGACCACGGAGAAAAAGGUCGACUGCGCGGAGGGCGAUCCGCCGUCCUGGGAGGUGUCCAAGAAGGUCACGUGCUGCUUGCAGGCUGGCAGGGGGUGCCCUACGACGCCGCCGCCCCCGCCGCCGCCGCCGCCCCCGCCGCCCCCGCCGCCAGCGCCAGUGGCGCCGCCCCCGCCGCCCCCGCCGCCCCCGCCACCGCCUGCGCCUGUGGCGCCGCCUCCGCCCCCGCCAGCUCCUGUGGCCCCGCCUCCGCCGGCCACGACGUCGUCCUGUCCGUACGAUUGCAACGCCGGGUACUCGAAUUGGGAAGCGGGGUGGUCUGCGGACAAGAAAGAGUGGUGCUGCGCCAACAAGCACAUGGGGUGCGUAGAGACGACGUCCAAGCCGUUCGACUGCGAAGCCGGGUACUCGAACUGGCAGGCGGGCUGGGCAGAAGACAAGAAGUCGUGGUGCUGCGACAAUGAGCAGAAGGGAUGCCCGGAGACGACGCCGCCGCCGGCCCCGCCCUCUGAGCCGUAUGAUUGCAACGCCGGUUACUCGAAUUGGGAAGCUGGCUGGUCGGCGGACAAGAAGGAGUGGUGCUGUUCGGAGAAGCAGAUGGGUUGCGGCGAGGCCGCAUCCAAGCCUUACGAUUGUGACGCAGGUUAUUCCAACUGGGAGGCUGAAUGGAGCGAAGACAAGAAAGACUGGUGCUGCACCAACGAGAAGAAGGGCUGCCCGAAGUGA